AUGGAUCGAGUUGGACUAUUGGAAGAGGAUCAUGAUCACUAACAACAUGAAAAUGGUUUGAAUCAUAGUGAUAUCGGAUCUAAUACGGGAAAUAAGGAGGAUUAAGAAAGAGCAGGCAACCCUAGUGAGAAAGUCAUCAAGAACUUAUAAGGAUUCAAUAAUGAAAAGAAAAACGAAAAGGUCGAAGAGUUUGAUGAGUAUAGAGAUGAUAUUAACCUUUAGAAGUAUUAAAUUCUCAGAUAAUGUAACACAAUGAUUGAUAUUUAUUAUUUAGUUGGAGAGCAUAUUAGAGAUGAGGAUGAUGUUGACACAACGAAUUAUCCAAAGGAGGUGUAGAAUGCUACUCCACAUACUAAGAGGAAAAUGAUAGAGGAAAUACAGAUUAAAAAAAUUAAGAAACUUACUCCAAUUGGAACUUACUUUUCACUAUUGAAAGGAUUCGUCUGCACUGGAAUAUUGUACUUGCCAAAGAAUUUCAGGAAUGGAGGUUGGCUUUGGGCUUUACUUUCUAUGGUCUUAUCCUUUGUACUGACUUUAUACUGUGCAAUUAAGUUGCUUUAAGCCAAGGCAAAAACUGAAAAUGGUUCAUUUAGUGACAUUGGGUUUAAAGCUAUUGGUAAACCCGGCAAAAUUAUGGUAGACAUAUUCUUGAGUUUAUCGCAGAUUGGUUUUGUGACUGCUUAUAUCUACUUCAUUACGACUAGUUUGAAGAGUGUUUAUGAUGAGGCCAAAGGGGAUGGAUCAGAUGUCAGCGUCAUUUGGUUUGUCAGGAAAAUUGAGAAAUUUGCUUGGACUCAUUUAGUAGCAGAUGGUCUUAUUCUGCUUACCACGAUAGUCAUCUUAAUCUAUGCUUUGCUUUAACUUUCAAAGCAUGGCUGGGGAGAAAAUAAUGAGAUAUUUAAUACUUCAACAUGGCUUACAAUGAUUGGUUCUUCAGUAUAUUCAUACGAAGGUAUUGGAGUUAUAUUACCCUUACUUGAGGUAACUGAAAAGCCUGAGCUCUAUCCAAAAAUUCUAUUCUAUGUGCUACUUACUGUUAUGUUGCUUUAUGUAGGCUUCGGAGAAUUCUGUCUCUUUGUUUAUGGAGAUUUGAUUUCAAACCCCUUGAUUACUGCCAAUUUACCUAGUGGGGUCAUAGUUUGGAUCAUCAAGGUAUGCUUCUCGAUCAAUCUAUUCUUCACCUAUCCCCUUUAAAUCUACCCAGCAAAUAUUAUCAUUGAAAGUUACUUAUAUGGAAAAAUGGAUAAAUCAAAGAAAAGACAAUGGCUAAAAAAUCUAUCAAGAUCAAUUCUGAUUUUGUUCACAAUUGUAUUUUGUAUCUCACUGGGGGAUACCGUAGAUAAAUUUAUUUCACUUUUGGGAUCACUUACUUGCACUCCUAUCUCGUUCACCCUACCUUGCAUCUUUCAUUUAAAGUUAUGCAAUCCAUCUUAAAAAGAGAAGUAUAUUGAUUACUUCAUUAUUGGGUUAUCAUUGCUCAUCAUGUUUUUCUGCAGUGGAUAUACCAUAUGGCAUUGGAAAGAUUGA